AACGCUGUCACGUCUAUUCGCCCGUGGUUCACUUCUCGAGUUGGGUGUCUGAGCGGAGCUCCGCCAGUCGGACUUACACACGGAGAAGACGCACACAGCCAUGGCAGAAAACGCCGGCUUGGAAAAUCAUCGCAUCAAGAGCUUUAAAAACAAGGGCCGAGAUGUCGAGACUAUGCGAAGACAUCGUAACGAAGUAACAGUCGAACUAAGAAAGAACAAGAGAGAUGAGCACCUACUGAAGAAACGCAACGUUCCCCAGGACGAAAGUCUCGAGGACUCGGACGUAGACGCAGACUUCAAGGGGCAAAAUGUAACACUAGAUGCCAUCUUACAGAAUGCCACCAGUGACAACGCAGUGGUACAGCUCAGCGCUGUACAAGCAGCCAGAAAACUACUCUCGAGCGACAGAAACCCUCCCAUCGAUGACUUGAUAAAAUCUGGGAUCCUACCCAUCCUCGUCAAAUGCCUGGAGAGGGACGACAAUCCUUCGUUGCAGUUUGAGGCUGCCUGGGCUUUGACUAACAUCGCGUCAGGGACCUCGGCACAGACGCAGGCUGUAGUCAAAUCCAAUGCUGUCCCCUUGUUUUUGAGACUGCUGCAUUCCCCUCAUCAGAAUGUGUGUGAGCAGGCAGUGUGGGCUCUGGGCAACAUCAUUGGUGAUGGGCCACAGUGUCGAGACUAUGUCAUUUCACUGGGCGUGGUCAAACCCCUCUUGUCGUUCAUCAAUCCCUCCAUCCCCAUCACUUUCCUGAGGAACGUCACCUGGGUCAUUGUCAACCUGUGCCGAAACAAAGACCCGCCCCCACCCAUGGAAACAGUACAGGAGAUCCUUCCUGCCCUUUGUGUCCUCAUAUACCACACAGAUAUAAAUAUUCUUGUAGAUACAGUAUGGGCUUUAUCAUACCUAACAGACGGAGGGAACGAGCAGAUACAAAUGGUCAUAGACUCAGGUGUCGUCCCCUUCCUUGUCCCCCUGCUCAGCCACCAAGAGGUCAAAGUUCAGACGGCUGCACUGAGGGCAGUGGGUAACAUUGUGACAGGGACGGACGAGCAGACUCAGGUGGUGCUCAACUGUGACGUGCUCUCUCACUUCCCCAAUCUGCUCACACACCCCAAAGAGAAGAUCAACAAGGAGGCUGUGUGGUUCCUGUCCAACAUCACUGCAGGGAACCAGCAGCAGGUGCAGGCAGUGAUAGAUGCAGGGCUCAUCCCCAUGAUCAUCCACCAGCUGGCCAAAGGAGAUUUUGGCACACAGAAAGAGGCCGCGUGGGCCAUCAGCAACUUAACAAUAAGUGGAAGGAAGGAUCAGGUGGAGUAUUUGGUGCAGCAGAAUGUGAUCCCGCCUUUCUGCAGUCUGCUCUCGGUGAAGGAUUCACAGGUGGUACAGGUGGUCCUAGACGGGCUGAAGAACAUCCUGAUCAUGGCCGGUGAGGAGGCGAGCACCAUCGCUGAGAUCAUUGAGGAAUGUGGAGGACUGGAAAAGAUUGAAAACCUGCAGCAGCAUGAAAAUGAGGACAUUUACAAACUAGCGUUCGAAAUCAUCGAUCAGUACUUUUCAGGGGACGACAUUGACGAGGAUCCGAGUCUGAUCCCUGAAGCCACACAAGGAGGCACGUUCAACUUCGACCCGACAUCCAACCUCCAAACCAAGGAGUUUAAGUUCUAAUCGAGCCAAGUUAGAACUCUAAUCAGGCGGGAUCUCCUGCUGCUGUCCUUCCCCGCCACCCCUCACCACGAUCCAACCAUCACCUAUCAACCUGCAACUCACUAACCUGACAAAACAAAUCACGAUGCAUAAAAAAACUACAGGUGUAAUUUGCACUGAAGGAUACGAAUAUCUCUCUUGAGCGUCACCCGAAGUCAGAGUGAAGUCUACACAUUUCGCAAGAAGAGCGAGGAGACGACCUCUUUUAGUCACACUGCAAUUGCCAAAAGGAAAAAAAAAAAAAAUCUGCUGUUUUGCUCACUCGCACAUACACAAAAACAGACUUGAGUCAUAUGUGUAUCAACAUUACUAGAACUUUCUAUUGUUCUUCUACCAGCCAUCAUAUCAACCGAUUUGAAAAAUGAGAGGGGAAAAGAAAAAAAAAGACAAAAUAAUUUUUUUUCCAUCAGUAAUUAUUUCUCUCCUUCCAGCAAAUUUCACAUCACAGCCCUGAUGUCGCAGUCGAUGUUAAUUCCAGAGCACUAGGACAGACACCCCACAUUAAGACAUCCAGCCUCUGCUCUGCUUAGCCAUGUGGAACAUGCGUCCCCUCCUUCUGAGGCGUCUAUGGACUAGUCUGUGGUGCAGUUCUUUCAGCAAGCAGGGGUCAAGAUAUAUAUAUAUAUAUAUAUAUAUAUUUUCUUCUUUUGUUAAAUUGUGUGCAAAUAGCAUGUACGCUAGCACUGAUCUGUCUUUUUCUUUUAUGAAGUCAUCAUGAAACGAUGCGUGAUGGAAAGUGAAAAUAACAAAAUCAAGAAAUCGCACACAACAAUGUACAUAUUUUAGUUUACCCCAAGCGGAUUAACUUAAAAUAUAAACGUCCCAACAAAUUUUUUUUUUUUUUUUUUUUUUUUUUUUAAUAAUUAAAUCAUGGCAUGGUAAACAGUGCCAUGUGAAAAGAGGAACUGGUGGCAGGUGGAGUCAACAUUAAACUUAGCAAUUCUGAGGGAUGCUACAGUCCCUGUUCAAAGUGUUUGUGGACUUUUACAACCGUGAUGAGGUUCUGGAUUUUUGAGUAUCGCUCUCUUGACGAUUCAGGAUUAAUUCUUCAAUUUUUCUGCUUCAGAAACCAACAGAUGUUUAUAAUAAGGACAAAUGCCAAACGAUCGACAUGUUCACGCGCAAUUUUAACAAUUCUCCCCUUCAUCACACAUGGAGAGUAUAUAUUAUCUCUGUUUAAAAAUAAAACACCACCAUGGGCUUAAAUCAUCAGCAAAGCGAAUCUUUGCAGAAGUGAUUGAACUGUGAUUAUUCUUUCGUUUUCUGUGGUGGAGCUUCCACGUUUGCAGCUUUGAUUCUGUCUUAUAUGCACAUUUUUGUCAUCCUUAUAUGAAUAUUAUUAUUAAUAUUAUUUUGGCUAAAUGUACUUGGAAAGCGACAUUCGCUUAAUAUGUAUACACAAGCAAAGGAAAGUGGAGCUCCACGGCAGUGCAGUUUCUGUUUGCUAGAUUUAUUUGCUACAAAACAUAACUGUACAAACUUAAAAAAAAAAAAAGUAUCUUGUGUAAAGUAUCACAGAAAAAGCUGCCACACGUUUGACGUAAACGUUUGAUGGGACACGUGAGAACAAUAAUAACAUUGUGUUACUCAUUCACAGUUAAUUGGGGACUUUUGUAUUCUUUUUUUUUUUUUUUUUUUUUUUUUUUUUUGUCUUUUUGUUUUAAGAUUCAGUUUGUUUGUGAGGGCAAACAUUUUUGUGUUGGAAUGGGCUUUUUAACUUUUGUGACUGGACAGUUGUGUGUUUUUGUCCCUUAGCAUGUAAUUGUAAAGGGAUGUAUGGAAAAACAAACAUUUACAUUUGGACUAAUGUAGUUGUGGUUUGGCUGCAGACUACUGAAGAGGAUAUGAGGACAAAUAGCAGCCCUGGUGGGUGUUCUUUUUUUUUCUUCUUUUUUUUGGGGGGGGGGGGACUUAUUCAUUUAUUAUUGAUGAACAAAGGCCUGCAUAGGUGUGAAAUUCAUGAACUUAUGUAGACACUUAUUUAAAACAAAAAAAAACGAGCCACUUUAAAGAUUUUUUUUGUCUUGUAUCAGAAAUGAAUACAAGCUUAUUGCUGGUUGCAAGAUUUUUACUUGCUUAAGAAAAUAUGGGGAAAAAACUCUGAAAAAAAACUGCGACAGAUCGCAUUUUGGCCUCCGAUUGUUUGUAUCUUUUUAUAAAUUUUAGCAUUGAAACACUCUUUAAGGUGGCUCAUCGUAUUUUUUUUCAACUCCUGUGCAUAUUAAAGAUGAACGAGUUGAAAUUCA